UCUUUGAUUUUCAGGUAAUGCGGCACUGCAGCCAUGGAGGUGUGCUCCGCCGUCUCAGGCGAGACGCUGGCAUUCCUUGAUCCAGAGGAGUCCCCAGCAUCAAGGCAUCAGUCUUCAGCAAGCAUCCUGGGGGUGAAGAAGACUGGUGGGAUGAGACAGCGCUUGCAGUGCCCUUGGGGCAAAACACCAGUAGCGGCAAAGGCAAAAAAGGGCGCCAAGAGUGUUUACACAGCUCCUUCUCCUGCUCCAGUUCCUCUCCCUGACGGUGGUUUGCUGCAGAGUUGGGGUAGUGCUCCAGCAGACGUGGAAGAGACACAGUUACUCCGUGACAUUCAGGACGCCAUGCCGCUGGAAGCCAAACUGCGCAAGAUGCCCAAGCUCGUUCCGGAAGAAUGGAACGCGCCUACCUUGUUGUAUACUCAGUUGUCAGCCAAGGGAGGCGUCUCUUUGGUUCCUAAGGAGGCCAUCCCAUCAGUCAUGCGGUCAGUUGGAUUCACAGCUGCGGCCACGGCUAUGCUUAUCACUGCCAUUCCGUCAACCUUGGGCCUGUGUUCUUACCCCCAUUCACAAGUGGAGUGCACCAUCAUUCUCAAUGACACCAGCGAAGAAAAGGAAGUGCGAGUUAGCAGAUGGUGCGUCCAGCUGGGUUUCACAGCCCAUGUGUUUCGAGUGGCGGAAGGUCCAAAGAUUUCUUUGGCUCAGACCAUGCUUCGUAUGGUUUGCAAACAACCGGAAGAGUUUGGUUGGCCAUCAGAAUGCCGUGCUCGUAACAUCACUGGGGUCUUGGAAAAACAUGGCAUCUCUUUGGUUGGCAUUAGCGAAGUUCAAGUUCGAAGUGACAUUUCCAGCACUUUCUUGGCUCACACCAACUUGGCCAAGAGCAUCCUGCAGCUUUCAGGUUUGGAUGGGACUUUCUUCAAGGUCCAUGCUGACAGUCAAGCUGAUUUUGCAAUGGUGGACACUUUUUUGGUAUGGUUGCCUGAUCACACCACCUUGGCGGUAGGACGUCAACUGCUUGAUGGACUUUCGCAUCUCGGACUGGUUUGCAAGAGGAGGUCAGCACCACAUCGCUUCGCAGCCAGGUUUGCUAGUCAGCAGGAUGCCCAGGCGUUUUGCCGGAAGCACAGCUUUGAGGACCUCACGUCUUAUGGUCGCUGGAAGCUCUAUGGUCUGCCGGUGGCCACCGGCCUUGCAGGUGCGGUCCAGUUUCUCAAAGAUCAAGGCUGGAAUCCCUAUGUGGUUGAACAUUUUGAUGCCAAGAGUCUCAGUUUUCUCGCAGAUUCGCUGGGACAGAAUUCUCCUUUGCAACUUCAGGCUCCAAACGGUCAUGCCGUGCAGAUCAAGUUCAAGGCGGUCAACAGUGCAGCUAGAGCCUUGUCCCAACGGGCUACAGCAUCGGCGGUUGCAAAAGCAAGUGCCUCAUUGCCAAGCAAAGUUGGUCAGCUUGGCAAGCAGCAGAAAGAUUUUUUGGAGUCAGUCACACCGCAAAACAAGCGUCCAGGUGAGAAGACCGGCACCACGCCGGAGGAUCAUUGCUGCUUUCAAUUUUGGAAAGAUGCGCGUUUACAAGCCAUCUUGGUGCAUCGACAUGACAACAGUGCUCUGCUGAUUUACAACAUUUAUGGUCCGGCUGGGGCCAGAGAAACCGCUUUGGCUAAGCGGUACCUGCAGCAAAUGCUUCGGGCGGUAUUUCAUAUGGACAUGCCCAGAGAAUUUUUCACUGCGUUGGAACAAAGAGAUGUUGAGCAGGCCGCAGCUUUGUGGUCAAAACAGGCCUUCCGACGUGCAUGGGAGAUUUGCAAAGCUUUGCCUGGUGCCGACGAUAUGGCGAUGGACGUCAGCUCUUUACUGGAAAAUGCUGAAGUCAACGAUGAAUGGUGUGCCGGCCUAUCGUAUGAUUUUGCCAAGUGCUACGACCACGUCAUUCCUUCCAUGGCCAUAGAUACUCUCUUGUAUCGAGGAGCUCCUUUGUCGGUUUUGCAGGGUCUUCGCGCUUUUUACAAACAACACUGUAAGCACUUCAAGCUGGGGUGUGCCUUUAGCGAAGCCUACAAGCCCAGCAAUGGCAUUAUACAAGGUGAUCCUUUGAGUAAUAUUAUUUUAGCAAGUUUGGUCGCAUGCUGGUUGGAAAAGCUUUCGAAUGGCAAUUUUGGCAUGGCUCAGGUGUCAAUCAAACCACGACUGUACGUGGACGAUAUCAGCGCAACUGUUGUAGCUGCUGACCUCAACAGCCUUCGUGAUCACUUGCGACUGACCCAUGCUUCCGUUCAGAGAUUUGCAGACCUCAGCGGUGGAAGGUUGAACCCGGAGAAAUGUUUUACAUAUGGCGCUUCGCAAGUUCAACAUUUGGUCCCUGCAAUAACGCAUCACAAGGAUACAUUUCGUCUUGUGGGAGGGAGCAUCACUUGUGGUGGGUCUUCUUCCUGGACCCCACUUUUACAGAAGCGGAUUGAAGAUUGGAUGGUUUCAGCGCACAACUGCAGUCUUUUGCCUUUGGGUUGGAAAGACCGUGUCCAAGCUCAGAGGCAAUUACUGAGCAAACUGACUUGGGGUCAGGGCACGCAUGAUUUGCAAAUUCCUUCAGCCAGGCUGACCACAUUGAGAGCCACCAUGACCAGGGCCCUGCUCCGCAUUGGUUUUUAUAGUUUGACGCCUAUGAUUCUUUUCACUAUCGUUGUUCAGCCAUCGCUCGAACCUUUGUUUGCCUUGCAGCUGGCAGCUCUCAGAGCUUUACAACGUUUCUGCAGGCAUCACAACAACAGGAAUUUCAUUUUGCAACACUUGAAUGGGGCCUCCUUGCAACAGAGUGGUCCUUUGAAACGAGCUCAGCAACUUCAUCUGAUCCCAUUUACACUGCGGCACUGCAACAUAUUCUUCUUCAUGACUCUUCGGACCGGUCAUGGGAACAUGGCCUUCGUGCAGUUUGGCGUUCACACCAUUGGACUAUCAUUGCUCGGGCUCGGCCUGCUUUUGAAGGUCUACAGCACGUUGAUCGUGCUCUUGCAAUUGAACUUUUACAGAAGUGGCACUCUCAAGCCGAUGGUUUCCAAAAAGUUUUGGACCACAGUCUCCCGGGUCCACACUUGCAACAAGACCCGCGUCCAAGGCAACGAAGAUCCCUCUGAUGACGCUCCUCAGCCCUCAGCCUCUUCGAGCUCACAUCCCACAGCAGCGGCGCCCAUGGUGGAACAAGACCAAAGGGGCCACCGAAUUCGGCAUUUCGGUACUGGCGCGUUCUGCGUCAAAUGUGGGGUGCAAACAUCAAGGCUCCUUGGGCCAUCCAUUGUAGCGCGGCUCUUGGGGCCGUCUUUGCGGUUGCCUUUCAAGCUCUGGGCCACUGCUCUGUUCAACACUGUGAAGGUGGAAAUUGCGCGGGCCACUUGGCGUGAACAAGACUACUGGUCCCAUGGCUUGGAAGUAGUGCGCAACGCUGUGCUUUUCCUCUUGCACGUGUGCGACCGCAGAUUCUACGACCUUGCUGUGCGCAUGCAUUUCGUGCUCACCUAUAUGCGCUACCAUGAUACAGACUCAGAUUUGAGUGCGGAAAAGGCGGAUGAAGAAAUGGAAGUGCCUGCCCUGAAAAUGGCUCAUCGCACUGCCUACUUUGAGGCCCAGCCGUUGAGUCGACGUUUUGCUUUGCUUGAUCUUACAAGCCAACAGCUUCGCUGCCAUCUGCAGGAUGUCUUUGGCGCCAUUGCUGAAGUGCACCAUGUCUUCCUUCCUGCCGCCAGAGCUCUUCAAUCCAUGGAGUUUGAAAGGCAAUUCAAAGAGUUGGCCGUUUGUUUGGGAGAUGUGCUGGAGUCUAGUCAUGCUGUUUUCUUGUCAUACAGCUCUUCGGCCGCCUCCGGCGGAAUCUCAAUGAAUGCUGGGAGCUCGUCUGACUGUGUGCUGGAAUUACCUCCCGAUGUUGUGUCCAGUGAUGCUUCCGAGUCCAGGGAGGCCAGUGAGGAGCUGCCAGACCCAAUAGGUGCGCAGUUUGCGUGCUGCAAAAACAAGUGUGUAGACCGGUUCAAUGCCGCACAAACAGCUGCAGAGCAAAGACUCAAGAAAGAUCUUGAGCCGUUGAACAUGGAAGGAAAGAAUGCAAUCUGGUUUCACCGGCUGCUCAAUAUGAACAAGGCACAGCCAGAGGGUCAGCGCAGAAAACUCUUUUGGUGGCAAGGGAAAGCAAUUUGUCAACAAGCGUUCAGUCGGGUCACGCAAUGCUCAGAAAAGAAAAUCCGCUACUACCUGAAAUGUAUCGCUGAAGGAGAGGUAUUGCCUCCAAAGGAUGGCAGAAAAGUUCCAUGCAAGCGAUCAGAGCCCAAACGGGAAGAUGUGGAAAGUUUCUUUUGUUUUUUGUACGAGCACCUGGCUGAGCCGCUAGCCAUUAGUCGCCAGGACCUUGAUGAGGAUCCGGCUGAAGCAAAUGCUUGUGGUGACAUUGGCGACUCGAUUGUGGACUUGCCUGACUGGCUUUCGAAUGAUGAUGACAUGCUCAAUAGAUUGCCAUAUAUGUUCUCCGGGGACGGGAGCAAGCCACAAAUUCAGAAGCGAUGGCUUCCCACCAUGACAUCUGCUCAGCUCCACGACUUGUACAAGGACAUCCAUGCCGACCAUGAAACUUUAGCUUCUUGGACAACUUUCCAACGUGUUUGGGUUCGUUUUCAAAGUGUGAUGGGGGUGAGGCCUGUGACCCUUCAUAGUCGGUGCGAUGACUGUGCCAGAUACAGUCGUUAUCGAAAACUUCAAAGCAAUCCAUCAGAUCUGGCUGCCGUCAAUCAUGCCUACAACAACCAUAUCCGGGCUGUCUUCCGCGACAGAAGCAUCAUACAAGGGAUGGAGACCAUGGCUGAAAACACGAAUCGUUUGGAAGAUGUGGAGCUGCCACACCUGAUGGUCACUAUAGAUGCUAUGGACAAGAGCAAGUGGCUUGUACCGCGAAGUCUGGACUCAUCAAAACGCUUGGCAGCUUUGUGGCGACCAGCCUUGCAUGUUGUUGGCGUUCUCAUAGCUGGAGUACUUGAAUAUUUUGCCAUUGUAGAGCCUGAUGUCAAGGCAGACUCCGAUUUGCAGCAAACUCUCCUUGCCCGUGCCUUAGACUUGGCAGAGGAUGAACUCCGGAAACGAGGCAAAGGCAUGCCAUGGAAAGUCAUUUUCCACAGUGACAAUACAAGCAAAGAGGGGCGCAAUUCUCAGCUUCUUCUUUUUGCCACUGCGCUGGUGUCCUCACAGCGCUUUGCAGAAGUGUCUUUGGCCAUGUUCCGUGUCGGCGUGACAGGUACUCGGAGCACAGCUGAUGCUGCGCAUGUGUUCCGAGUUGUCAGGUGCAUUUCCAUUGGAUUUUCGCAAUCUUCUGCCUUUGCGGGCACCUCGCACAGCUUUGAGCUUCUGGCAUCUCCAUGGCUCCUCGAGUCUGCAGCUGCUUACAUCUUAGCUUGGCUGCAGCGGAACGAAAAUGCAGAGCCCAGUGGACAAUUGCCUGAUAUCUCUUUCCUUGUGCAAGGCCGUGAUUUUCUGCCAGCAGCGGUCUGUGCUGGAGCUACAUGGAAAGAUUUUGCUCCUGAAGGAGCGAUUCCAGUGCAGCCCAUGCCAAAGCAGAAAAAGAACACCAAAAACCAGGCACGAGCUAAAGAGCAGAUUCCGCAGUGCAGCCAUGUGUCUCGAAGAGCUCAGGCUGUGAAGAACCUCCAAGCAGUACCACAAGAGGACGCUGAUGAUCCUGGUCAGGUUGAGAUGCCAGAAGCACGUAUGAAGCGGCCUGCCGCUGCUUCGAAAGGCCGGCCUAUGAAGCGUCCGGCAGCGAAACAUGAGACCAGGCUUCUCGACCAGGUGCUUGAGGUUCCCGAACAGGGUAGCCCCAAGCCGGAGUUGACUGUCGGCGCUGCCCUAGAACAAGAGCAAGCAGAAAUGGAAGCCGAGUCCCUGCUAGGAGCUGAGGACCCUCAUCCCAAGGCACUGGACCUGCUUGGUAGAAUCCCUGGAGACACAGAUGUGCCAAAGGCAAAGGAAACCGUGCCCUUGGAAAAACCUUCAGUGCCAGCUUUGACCCACAUGACAGAUAGGGCACUGCACAGUGUUGAUGAAGCAAGAGUUUCUGAACAAACUGCUCCUCAAACCGCCUCUGCGGCACAGCAAGGUGGUGAUGAAGGCGUCGUUCUGACUGACAUUACUGAGAUACAAGCCGCACCUGGAGCACAGCCUGAUGGAGAUGAGGCCACCUUUCGUGAACCACAUGAUCUGCUAGCUACACCUGCGGCAGGGCAAAGUCAUUAUGAAGCCUCGGUGCCUGGGCAAACCGCUCUUCAUAGCACACCUGGCGCGCAGCAAACUUCUCAUGUUUUGUUUUUGGGCCAAGUCAAUGAAAAUAUCCUUCAGAAUGUGCCUGACACACUGCAGCAAGAUGUGCUUGGACAAGGAGUAGCCCAUCCUACUGGCACCAGUGGCUCUGAUUCUGGAAGGAGUGGAUCCUUGGAACGACACGAUUUGCCUGUCAGCAGCCUUGGUCCUGUUGCCGAGCCCAAUGUUGAGCACGUGGCAAAUACUCCUGUCACACAGCAGCAGCAACUGGAAAGGAGCAGAAGCCCAACAGCAGUCCGUCGCCGUCCGGCUGCCGCUCCGCAUGUUCGUCGUCGUCCUGCUGCUGCAGUUGCGCCUGGUGCUGCCUUGGGCUGUUCCAAGUGCAGAUUCAGUCGGGGAGGCUGUGCUCGUUGCCGUGGCCGAUUGCAGGAUCAUGAACACAUUGGCUUGCUGCGGCUCAUUGGGCCGUGGAAUGCAUGUCUGAAAGGCGGCUCUUUGGGCCGUGUCGUUUCUGGCGGCUCUGAGGGCCGUCACGUGUCCAUGGCUGGUGACUUCAAGGAGGAAAAACCCUUGAACGUUGAAGACCCUGGCAGGGAUGCUCACCUCCGCCCCACUGAGCCGGUGCAGUUCAUGGAAAUCUUUAGCAAUCCCAGAAUUGCUCCUGAGGUGCGCCGCUUGGGCCAGGCUUGUGGCCCCAGCAUUGACUUGGGCACCGGCUGGGACCUUACCAAGAAGGCAGUGCAGCAACGGUUGCUCCAGCUCUUGUAUGUGCUGCAGCCCUUGGUGCUUAUGCUUUGUCCACCAUGCACGGUCUUUUCGUGUGUUCAGAACACCAUGCGAGACCGCAGGGCUGAUUACAAGAAGUGGGAGAAACAGUAUGCGGAAGGCUUGUGUUUGUUCAAAUUUGCUUUGCUGAUCUUUCGUCUUCAAGUUCAAGCAGGACGCAAAGUGGUGCUCGAACACCCCUGGCGGGCAAGUUCUUGGACGCUGUCUUGCACCCAAAACAUCCUUGCUUUGCAAGAUGUGUUCCAAACCGCGCCAGCUUUGCCACAAGAUGUGGAGGAGGUCUCUGAGGUGGCUUUGGCUGAUCCAAGUGAUGCCAAAUUCAAAGAUCAGGUCGAACUUGCUGUUCAAGCCUACCAGGAACACGUCUUGGAGAAACAUGGUGGCCCCAUGCAGUAUCUCAUUGCUCAUCUGCAGAGUUCUGAUGCUCAGCCGCGUGAGUCUUUCCUGGCUUGGUUGUGGGCAACCUUUCCUUUGGAAGGGGACAAGCACUACCAGCUGGAGCAUCCUUUCCCGGCAGUGACCAUGGAGAAGCGGGGAGAAACAUUGCCGUGCAAGGCUCACAUUGCUAUGUUGGGCUUCAAUGAGGAGUGCAGUUUAAAACCGCCUCCUUCUGCGCACGCAUCUUUGCAACUGGUGCACCAUGUCCUCAAUGAAGGCUUCCAAACAAGUGGAAAGCCGUUGCUUGUCAAACAUGUGGACCAAGGCAGCCUAGUGAUGACAAGCCCAUGGGCAAGUGAGGCCAUGGGUAUGCCAGUUGCACCCUUCAGUCUGGGGUAUGUGAAGGGCAUGCUUCGUGCUUCCACCGCCUUGGCAUUGCUGCAUAUGUUCUGGCACCAUGGUCAGGCAGAUGCCUUGCUGCAAACCUUCCGGGCUUUGAAAGAGUCAUGUUCCACUGUGUAUGUGUUCCAUAUUCAGCUGCCCAGUGUGGAAAGCGAGGUCUUUCAGAACUUCUUGCUGAGCAUCCGUGAUAGCAUCAGCAAACCUCCCAACUUCAUUACAUGGCUUCAUACCCUGCGGCAGUUCAAGCAAAAAGGGUAUGAGGACAGCGCAGCCGCGAUUUCUCGAUUCAACGCCCUUGUUCCCAAGAGCGCAUGGCUGGUGGGUGCAAAGGCCAAUGCCCUGGGGAAUGUCAUGGCGCUGUUUCCCAGUUCGCUGAUCCAAGAUCUGGAAACUCAUGUGAGCAAGUGGGGUUGGGAAGGAAGUGCUUUGUCAGACGACUGCCUGUCCACCAAAAAAGUCUUGCCAACACACAUGCACAAAGCGCCACACAAGUCAUGGAAGCAGUUGUGCAGUAUGAGUGAGACGGCCACUGCCCUCACCUUCAAGCGCAUCAUCCGCGAUCAUGAGAAGCCUGGCGCUUGUCGCAAGAAGGUGGACAAACAAAAAGUAGAAUCCUUGGCUGAAACGGCGGCUUUGCUGGUCAACUUGUCGACCCAAAUGAUGGAGCAGUUCCCCGUCAAAAUGCAGGAUGUGGAGACCCACAUCUUUGAAGCAUGGCUGGAUGGAAGUCAUGGGUGGGACUUGGAGCUGCAUGAAGUGCAGACAGAAAAGCGGGAGAAACUUGCAGUGACUGAUGUCAAGAUGUUUCGCGAUGUCAUUGACAUGCUCAAGUGCCAGCGUCCUGUGGCUCCUACAAGAAGUUCGGAAAUACUUCUCAUCCGCUUGGAUGAAGACAAGUGGACGUUGAUUCUGAAGCAGCUGGAGUAUGACUUCCAAGCGUUUCGCGUCUACCUCUCCAAGAUGCAGUCUUUUGAGGUGGCAGUGCACCAUGCGAAGCUCGAGUGGAACAAGAGGCGUCGUGAAGAAGCUGCGCAAUGGUCUACGCAGUGGAUGUCCCAGAAGUGCCACAUCUUUGCCUAUGAUCCACAGAGCACUGGGCAAUUGAAUCGUCUGCUUGCUGAGCAUUGCCUGGCUUUGCUGAAAAACAACAGUCUGGAGAAGACAGCCGUUGCCACACUGAGCUACUUGAACUGGUCUGCUCCAGCGUCAAGGUCACAGAGUUCACAGGAUGCUGAAGCCACUUGUUUUUGCCAGCUGGUGGCAGAGCAGCCGCAAAACUUUGGGCUGCUGCUUUCCCCCGUCUUCCACUACAAGGUUCACCAACGCCACGCGCUGGAACACUUCUUGUUGAAGACAUUGUCUGGCAGAGGAGUGGAUGUGGACAGUCAAGCAGUGCUCAUGUACAAAGAGCGCAAAGACGCUCGGGACACGAGGCCUUUGCUGUAUCCUUUGCGAAUUGUGAGACCUUAUGUGGACAUGGGGCCCACUGAGUUCACACAGGAUGAGACAGAGACAGGUCCUGGCAAGCGCAAGGCACGUGUGCAUCCAGUGGUGCAAUUCUGGCAAGGCGCGCGUUUGCUGAGCACUGGCCGCACCGAGGAAGCAGAGCAGGUUCCAAACACCCAGCUGAAGUUUGUGGAGGAUCUGUCGGACACCGCGCUUCCAUUGACGACCGAUGACUAUGCCAGUGUUCGUGGAGGGAAGCGUUUCCAGCAGAUUGGUGUUUCUGCAGCCUUGAAGCUGUUGGAGUCUUUGGUGGACAAAGACCUCCCCAAUGGCACGCAUGCGGUGGUGUUGGUGGACCUCGCUUUGGGCGUCGGAGACAUGUUCUGGGCAUGGCUGGAAAGGUGCAAGGCUUUGAGGUUUCCACUGUUUUUUCUGGGAGCCACGUCUGACCCCAUGACCUUGGAAUGGUUUCAGCACCAUUGCCUGGAGGAAUUGUCAGAGAAACUUCUGUCUGAAGACCUCAAGCUGCCAGGGUUCACUCCGAAGAGCACCGAGCCCCCAGCAGAUGUGCUUCUGUCAGCGCCGCCCGUGCCACAGCUGAAUCUGUGCACUGUGCGCCCUGGCCCUACCAUAGCCAUUCCUGAGAAAGUGAUCGCAGAAUGGUCGACAAACCCAAACCAUGGCAUUGAGUUUCAGAACCUGCUGAAAGAGAUGGUGGAGGAGUUUGGUGAGCCCAAACCAGCAAACCAAACCAAAGCCACAGGGGAUGGUCAGCAGGAACCUUCUCCCAAGAAGCGACGCUUGACAGAACCUUUAGAGACUGUGCUUGUGGAGAAAAUGCCAGACACUAAACUGGUUGAAGCUGCUGUCAACGGCUUGAAGAAAGACCUGGCUGGUAAGAUCACGCUUCGGAUUGAUGGCAGUCAGGGCUGGUGGCUGGUGAAUGUGUCACAGACUUCUUGUACCAUUGCGGCAGGCACGGUUGUAGCAGGCUUCGGCACUGGCAACUUCCACCACCAGCCACGCAAGGGCCAAGAGGUAGCGGAGGUGGACAAUGAGAAGCUGUUGCUGUGCGACAUGUCGGUGGCAGAAUCCAUCUUGAUGAACGGCAAGCUGGAAAACCUGUCCGAGGUUCUUCAUGCCAAGGAGCUGCAGAAAGGAAAGGCGGAGAUUUGUUACCAUGCAGUCACACAGAAGGCCGGUGACAUGAAAGCCUUCGACAUUGUGCGCCAGGUGGAGGUCUAUUUCAAACCGAAUCCCAAAGUCCAAGGUCAAGUGGAAGAUGGAGGCGAGAUCAAAUUGAACAAGGGCACUGGCUCUUUUGCAGCUCUGGUGCCGUUCUCUUCCUUCCAGGCCUUCAAACACGCGGCUGUGAUUUGGUCCAUGCGGUGGUCCCCAAAAGGCUUGAUGCCAAUCAAGCCUCAGAUCUGCUUGCGUGGUGACUUGGUCUUGGAUGGCCAAACGGCGGUUUGGUCUUGUGGUGGCGGUUGCUGCGGCUCACUGGGCCGUGGUUGGUUGGUCUUCCAGGUUUGGCGGCUCUUUGGGCCGUCAUCUGUUGUGAUGGUUGGUUGCUUCUACUGGGUUGCUGCGGCUCACUGGGCCGUGCGUGAGUUGCAGCGGCUUCUUGGGCCGUGCUUGCUCUUGAAAGCCUGGGAGUCGGAUGUGCUACUGGACCGCCUCAUGGAGUUCUCAGGUUCCGCAGCCAGCGCCUCGAGUGGUGUCGAAGCCAACUGCACUUCGUCAAGUGGUGUCGAGGCCAAAUGCACUUCGUCUUCUUCCAGAAACCUGCCCAUGGAUGAGCACGAUGAUGAUGACAAUAUCACCAUCUUCUCGGAGUCUGAGACAGAAGAAAGCACAGACCUGGAAGCUGAGAAACUCAGACCGCACUACAAGAAGAUCGAGGAGAUGGGCCUACCUGCACCACCGAGACCUCCUAAACAUCCACCUGUCUAUGCAUCGAACCGCUUGCGCCUGAGGAUAGAACGUAACAAGAUCAAGAAGCGGUCCGCGAAGUGCCAAAAGGAAACCAACACUUUGACUGCAGCAGACUUGACUCGUAUCCGAGCUGCCACUGGGUGCACAGUGGGCUUGCGUAGUCGUGGAAGAGGACCCAGGGUGUUGACAGUCAAAGGUGAAGCACGAUGGGUAGAUGUUGCCAGACGCAUGGCCUUGAGCGGCUGCACUGCGCAAGCUUGUACUUCACGAAUGAGCGCUUUACCAAUGAGAUCAGCUGCCUCCAGUAUCGAUGACAGCUCAGCUCCUCCUGCCACACGCUUGAGGGGUCUGCUUUCUGGCUACCUGAUGACUGCCGAAGUCUUUGGUACUAAUGUGAAUAGCAGAUGCGGGCGCUUCAUCAGCUAUGCAGACUAUGUUCAUCAUCUGGAUUGCUCGGUCUUGAGGGAGGUACAAAUUCAACAGAUUGUCCACACUGGCCAUCACACAGACUUCCUGCGUCAAGUGGCCUACAGCCAGGAGUUUGCCAAUCUGAUGUCAAACUUUUUGACUUCGGUACAAAGGCUGCCCAGGCGGGAACACCUUGUUGGUAUCAGCAGUGCACAUGGGCAGCACCGAUCGGUAAGUGCUGCAUUGCUCCUGCAAUAUGUGUUUCAGCAACUGGGUGCUCGAUGGACUAACCGUUUCUUGGAAGAGCGAAGUGGAGGCUGGCGUGAGCUUUGCCAUGGGUGUCCUCGAUGUGACGACAACAGUGAAGAUGAUGAGAUCAAACGUUUCGUGCUGCAAAGGGCACAGAUCGGCCAUGGUCUUCUGCUGGGUUGGGCCCGUCGGGCCCAACAGGCUGCUCAGAAGCAGCUAUUUGAGCCCGAGGCUGCUCAGAAGCAGCUUGAAGCAGACCC